GCGUCGCGUCAUGUGCGCUGUGUGAGCCGGGUUAGAGAGCGAGCGCCGUUACCACAUUACAUCCAGGCACUGUACAGUGAGUACCGUGCGUUACUGCGGUAAGGGGAAGAGGCGCGAGUGAGCGAGCGAGUGCGCGCGCGCGCGCGCACACGUAGGCAGCGCCGUCCGUUUUGCGUAUCACUUGUGCGGCGCAGCGGGAGCAGGUGGCGCCCGAGUCUCCGGGAAACGGGGCUGCGGGGGGACCGCGGCGCGGGAGGAGCGUCCAGCAGCAGCAACUUCUUCUUCUUCUUCUUCUUCUUCUUCUCAUAAUAAUUAUUAUUAUUGUAAUUAUAACAGUUUUUUUUUUUCCACUCCUUUUGGCGUGUUUCCGUUUCUAUUUCGGGAAUUUCUGCUUUUUUUUCCUCCUCCUCGUCGCAGCCGCCAGUAGCCGCUGUUAUUGCAAUAAUAUAAUAAUAAUAAUAAUCAUCAUGGGACCCUUAUUUGUGUUGCUCGUCCUCUGCGCGAGCGCGCCUGUCCCGCAGCACGCGAGAGCAGCGGAUGGUGAAGAUCCUACUUCAGCAGACCCUUGUCAGCUGAAGCCCUGCCACAACGGAGGAGAGUGCGAGAUCAGUGAGCGUCACAGAGGCGACACCUUCACUGGAUACGUGUGCAACUGUCCUCCGGGUUUCAAUGGAAUCCACUGCCAACACAAUAUUAAUGAAUGUGAAAGAAAUCCUUGUAAAAAUGGUGGGAUAUGCACAGAUUUGGUUGCAAACUACUCAUGUGAUUGCCCUGGAGAGUACAUGGGAAGAAAGUGUCAGCACAAAUGUUCCGGACCUCUGGGAAUGGAAGGGGGAAUCAUUUCCAAUCAGCAUAUUACAGCAUCCUCAACGCACCGAGCACUGUUUGGGCUGCAGAAGUGGUACCCAUAUUUUGCCCGACUCAAUAAGAAAGGCCUUGUGAAUGCCUGGAGUGCGGCGGAGAACGACAGAUGGCCAUGGAUCCAGAUAAACCUGGAAAGACGGAUGAGAGUAACUGGCCUCAUAACUCAGGGCGCCAAGCGAAUUGGAAGUCCGGAGUAUGUUAAGUCAUACAAAGUUGCCUUCAGCAACAAUGGAAAGUCCUGGGUGAUGCACAAGGCCAGGGACACAGAUGAGGACAUGAUAUUUCGUGGAAACACGGAUAACAACACACCCUCGGCCAACUACUUCAGCCCUCCGAUCGAGGCGCAGUACGUGCGGAUUUACCCGCAGGUUUGCAGACGUCACUGUACCCUCCGAAUGGAGCUGCUGGGUUGCGAGCUCACAGGCUGCUCAGAGCCAAUGGGGAUGAAGACAGGCCACAUUCAGGACUAUCAGAUCACAUCGUCCAGUGUCUUCCAGACUCUCAACAUGGACAUGUUUUCCUGGGAACCAGGAAAAGCCAGGCUGGAUAAGCAGGGCAAGGUCAACGCAUGGACAUCUGGGCACAACGACCAGUCACAAUGGCUGCAGAUUGACCUGCUCCUCCCGACAAAAGUCACCGGUAUCAUCACCCAGGGAGCCAAGGACUUUGGUCAUGUGCAGUUUGUGGGUUCCUACAAACUCGCCUUCAGCAACGAUGGGGAAACGUGGACAGUAUAUCAAGAUGUAAAACAAAAGAAGGACAAGAUUUUCCAGGGGAACUUCGACAAUGAGACGCACAGAAAGAAUGUGAUCGAGCCUCCCAUCUACGCCAGGUUUUUGCGGAUUCUCCCGUGGUCGUGGUACGGACGCAUCACUUUGCGGCUGGAGUUGCUGGGAUGCACGGAGGACGACUGAAUGUUCCCUCACACCCUUCCCUGGUCCUUCUGCUGGUGGGGAAAACCAAGUAUUGAACAGAAAUCCAACACCUUGAUAUGAACUGUGUGAAACUUGUACAGAUAUUUACACUGAGUUUUUAAGACUAAAUGUUGUGGUCACCACGGGUCUGUGUUUUGUAUAAAUUUUUUGGUUUUAUUCUUUUAUGGUUUGUGAAACACUUUUUGCCUGUUUUUUGCGGUUCACGUUCUCUGUGAAAGAAAACAUAUUUGUUUUGAGGAAGCCCUUUACACCGUGGUUCAGCAUUAAUUUGAAAACUACUUCACUUCUAUUUAUUUUAUUUUUUUUUUAAUAAAAACAUAAGACCCUUUCUUAAGGGUGCCUAUUUGGAUGUAUAAUCUUUGACUGUUCCUCUUCUCUAACUCCAAAACAAAUAGUUAACACAGCUGUAAAAAAAAAAAAAAAAAAAAUCCUAA